GUAAUGAUGUAGCAGAAAUGACAACUGCAGUUUCGAUCAUUCGUAACCGUCUCAAGAGUUGAAAAUUAUUAUCUAGCUUUUGUUUUCCUUUCGACUUUUUAAUAAUAAUCUUAAACAUGGAGAAAGUUAACGAUGUUGUUCAUGUGUACCAAGUUUUGUUACAAGAAUGGAAGAAAAAUCCUCCAAAUUUAGAAAAAUGUGGCCAAAUCUUGGAUAAAUUAAAGGUUGCUUUAACCCAUAUGACAUUUUUGCCAACUAGUGAUACAUCAGCUACAAAGCAGGAGCUGCUUGUUGCUCGUGAUAUAUUAGAACUAGGAGCACAAUGGAGCAUCAAGAAUAAAAAUAUCCCAUCUUUUGAAAGAUAUAUUGCCCAGCUGAAGUGUUAUUAUCUGGAUUACAGAAAUGAUUUGCCUGAAUCUGCUUCGAAGUAUCAGCUUUUAGGUUUGAAUCUCUUGUGUCUUCUUGCUCAGAAUCGAGUAGCCGAAUUCCAUACAGAAUUAGAGUUGCUGCCAGCAAAGGAAAUUCAAACCAAUGUGUAUAUCAAGCACCCAGUAUCCAUGGAGCAAUAUCUGAUGGAAGGAAGUUACAACAAGGUGUUUUUGUCAGGUGGAAAUGUACCAGCAGAGAGUUAUAACUUUUUCAUUAAUAUACUUCUGGAUACUGUAAGAAAUGAAAUUGCUGCUUGUAUUGAGAAGGCAUAUGAAAAGUUGGCUUUAAAUGAAGCAUGCAGGAUGUUGUUCUUUAACCACAAGAAAGAUAUGGUUGAAUAUGCUAAAAAGAGAGGGUGGACUGUUUCUGGUGAUUAUUAUGUGUAUGAUGUAGAGGAUAAGGCUCAUUCUGAUGACAAUAUACCUGCAUUUGAGCUUGCAACGCAAGUUAUAGAUUAUGCCAGAGAAUUGGAGAUGAUUGUAUAAUUUUUAUUAUUUAAUAAAGUACUUCCUUUUUGCUUCGUAAA